UCUUCAGCUGCUGCUGAGCUGAGAGCCAGGCUUCCCACUGAUGGAGGAUAAUCUCCUCCUUCAAUAGUAUGCCGAUCGGAUUUAUGUACGCGUUUAAAACGACAACGGACGGUACCGUUUUCAUCAUCACGUGAAAGAAUAGAUUCAAGUUCCCUUCCUGUACCGUGCGAUUUAGGUUUAGGCAACGGGUUAGGUUAGGUUGCUAACAUUAGUUUUUGGGGGGUUGUGGUUGUCGCAGUCAGCUGUUGGCCGCGGGUUUGUUUUUCUCGCUGCAGCCAUGAUGGCGUCUAGCUAUAACGCAAAGGAGGAGGACGGACACCAUUCCGGGGCCUCCGGGCCGGGCGGCGGAUCGACCGUGAAAAGCAAGAAACCCGACAACACCGCCUUCAAACAGCAACGAUUACCCGCAUGGCAGCCCAUCCUCACCGCGGGCACCGUCCUCCCAGCGUUUUUCGUUAUCGGUCUUAUCUUCAUUCCCAUCGGCAUUGGUCUCUUCGUCACAUCCAACAACAUUAAAGAAUUCGAGAUUGAUUAUACGGGGACUGACAUGUCAAGUCCGUGCUUCAACUGCUCGCAGAACUACAGCUGGAACAGCACAGCGCCGUGCAAGUGCUCCGUGUCCUUCUCACUCGAGCAACCGUUUGAGAGCAACGUUUUCAUGUACUACGGGCUGUCCAACUUCUAUCAGAAUCAUCGCCGUUAUGUGAAGUCCAGGGAUGACAGCCAGCUGAACGGUGACAAGACCUCGCUGAAGAAUCCCAGCAAAGAGUGUGAACCAUAUCGCACCAAUGAAAACAAGCCCAUCGCCCCAUGUGGUGCUAUUGCCAACAGUCUUUUUAAUGACACUUUGGAGCUGUUCUACAUUGACCCUAAUGGCACCAGAACCGAGAUUCCCCUGAUGAAAAAGGGCAUUGCCUGGUGGACGGACAAGCACGUGAAAUUCAGGAACCCUGGAGGAAACAACCUCAACCUCACCGCAGUUUUCCAAGGUACGACCAAGCCGGUGAACUGGCGCAAGCCAGUCUACGAGCUGGACACGGACCCGGAGAACAACGGCUUCAUCAACGAGGACUUCAUCGUGUGGAUGCGCACAGCGGCUCUGCCCACCUUCCGCAAGCUCUACCGCAUCAUCCAGAAGAAGAGCAACAUGACCCCGACCCUGCCCAGAGGCAACUACACCUUGGACGUCACCUACAAUUACCCCGUUCGCAGCUUUGAAGGCCGCAAGCGCAUGAUCCUGAGCACCAUCUCCUGGAUGGGGGGGAAGAACCCCUUCCUGGGCAUCGCCUACAUCACUGUGGGCUCCGUCUGCUUCUUCCUGGGAGUGGUGCUGCUGAUCAUCCACCAUAAAUACGGAAACCGCAACAACAGCGCCGACAUCCCCAACUAAAAGCCUCCCCCCCGCUUGGAGAGCCCCCGUGCAUGCGCAUGGCUGGAGGCCCGGAUGGGACCGCUAGCUAACUUACUGUAGAAGCACUGGUCUUUGUAAGUGUCUGUCCUCUGCGUGUUUGAAAAAAAUGUUUGCUUAGUUUAUUUUCCGGGAUGGAUGAACGCACAGCGUUUGGCAGAAUUUUGGCUAUGCAAUCGUAGAGCAGGAGACAGUGCCAGAAAAUGGGAACCUCAGAGGUGAGCUGCGGUAGCUUGGGGUUAAUCGUCAAGAUCACGGAAAAUUCCUGUGUAAUCUGCGGCCUGCGAUUAUAUGGAAUUUUUCCUCGGUAACUGUUCAAUGGAAGUAUAAAAUGUGCAUUUCAUGCCGAGAGAGACUACAUUGUGAAUGAACUGACAUUGGGCAAAGCAAAAAUAAUAGUGUGUUUAAGUGGUUGUGAAUAUUUCGGUUCUAUAACGAGUAAAAAAUAGAUUAUUUAACAUAUUUCCUGCUGGUGAAUGUACUGUUAUUUAUUAUUUUAUUUAAAUGUUUUAUUUAUCUCCAGGUUUAAUUCUAAACGGCUUCAAUGUGGAAUGCAUUAAAUUGUUUGGGCUGUAUGUUAUGAGUACGCGCAUUUCAUGUUAGACAGAUCACACAUGUCCAUGAUUAAGACAACCAUAUGAACGUUUCAACAAUAGUGGAAGUUUUAUUUUCCUGUGUAAAGUUAACGGUAACAGUUUUGUUCACAGUUAAAUGUUUAUUUAAACAAUACUAGGAUUUUAAAAAGAGUAUUAUAUGUUUUCAUACUUUUGAAAAUAUUAUGCUGUAUACAACUGAAACAUACAACACUGAAACAUUUGUUGUGAAUAACAAUAUGCGGAAGGAAUUUUCUCAGAAUCAAGUGGAUUAAAGGAAAACUAGGGACCAAUAAUAUUUGGGAUACUUGUUUUGGGAAUGCUUACUGGGAAAUUUUUAAAAAAUUGACCUAAAGUCACAAUAGUUACCAAAUAAUUUGCACUUUACAUUUGCCAUGAAUUUGUCAUACUUAGUUUUGGUUUGUAUAGCUUUUGGUUUCAUUAUCUUUUGUAUUGUAAAGAUUCAUUUUUUCCCCAAAGAGUUUACUUCAUA